AUGCAAAAGAAACAGAAAACGUUGACGAUUUGUCAGACGGCGAGCUUGACGAGUAAAAUGCGAACGGAGCGACAGACGGAAACAUUCGAACCGACGAGCGUGGUUCGGCUCCGACUUUUCCGCAUAUUAUACGACUUUACAGUUGUUUUUCAGCCGACCGAAACGCCAACAUUGACAGAAACGAAAAGGGCGGCGGCGGCGGCGAAAUCGGCGGAGGAGGACACUCGAAGUGUGCGCAUUCAGCCGGAGAAAGAGGUCGAAUACGAUGCGGAGCUGACGUCGAUGUGUGACGUCACUUGCGGCACGCUCUCGAUGAGAUCCAUUUCGGAAGUGGACAAUAUUGAAGAGUUUGAGAAGAAAUGUCAGGUUUUUUCGACACUUCGCACACUCCCUUUUCAACAUACUGACCCGUCUAGGAGUGCCGUAAAGUCGGACCACAAUUGGUGCCGAUCAAAUACGUGACCACGUUCGUCGAGACGCCGAUCCGAGCGCUCUUCGUCUCGGAUUUCGAUUUGUGCGAGGCGAUGACGCGUCCGAUGAAUCAGGCGAAGCGCAUCGAGUUCUCGAAGCGGUUUGAGGUGGAGCACAAGUUUCUCGAGGAGGUGAUGGCCGACGUGGACAAGUUGUUGGCGGCCAGCGGGCGGAUGGACGUCGAGGUGAAGGUGAUCAAGACGAGACAGACGAACGACAUGCCCCGCUGUCGGAUCCACUUGAUCCGCCGAAUGAAGGCCGACAAAAUCGGCGAGAGCCUCUACAAACAGCCCGGAAUUUACGGAUUCGAAGUGCCCGAUGCUCCCCUCGCCGAUGUGCCGAUCCAUGCGAAUCCGAAGAUCGCAAUCGACUACUCGCUGCCGUGGAAUCGCAUUUUCCACGUCAUCGUCUCGCUGAAACGUUGUUUUAUUGCGUGA